ACAAUGAGAGUGAGGGCGUGGUAAAGACUCCACAGGCACGUUGAAAGUGCUUGGAGAUUGUGGAAUUUUUUAUCCUCCACGUCAUGAUCUUAAAAUCGAUUCCGUUUUGUUGAUUCUGUGGCAGUUAUAUAAUCUAACAACGCUAAAAUGAAAACAUCAGUAUGGUUGGUCACAGUGGGGCUUUGCGUGAAACUCGUGAUAUCAGCAAAAGUACGUGAUGAGGAGGAUAUUGAGACAUCUAUUGAACCGGAAACUGUAAACAAAUUGACCUCACUACCCGGAAGUGAAAAUUGUGGUUUAAGUGGCGCCAAAACGGGUCGCAUAGUUGGUGGUGAGCCGGCAAAACUAGGUGCGUGGCCGUGGGUAGCAGCCGUUGGGAUACCGGUAGGUAAAGAAAAAAGUGUGUUCUUCUGCGGUGCAUCUCUGAUAUCGGAUAAAUACGCAGUGACCGCCGCUCACUGCUUCACUGAAUUCAGGUCCAGUAGUGGCCAGGGAUUAAAAGAUGGAGGCCGAAGUCAGGAGUAUAAAAUGAUACCAGGGAUGAUACUCAGAGUCGGAGAUCUUAAUUUAGACGACACAGUAGAAGAUGGGGCUAAACCAGAAACGAUCACCAUUGAGAAAGUAGUAUCGCAUCCAUUGUUCAUAACUAAAAGGAGUUAUGGCGAGACAAAGGGUUAUGAUAUUGCGCUUCUAAAGUUGCAGAAACCAGUAACAUUCUCAGACCUUGUCAGACCCAUUUGUCUUCCACAUAAAGAUAUUUUCUACACAAACAAAGACUUCGAAGGAUAUCAGCCGUUCGUUGCAGGUUGGGGACUUACCAAUGAAGAGAAGAAAGGCGGAAAGAAAUCCGAUCAAUUGCUGCAGAUUCAACUUCCGCUUUUGGGAUCGAAUGAUUGCGUUGAUUUGCUGAAACGAGCUGCCAAGACUGAAAUGCACGAAGACUCAAUAUGUGCGAUGGCCGAAGGCAAAGACGCUUGUCAGGGUGACAGCGGCGGCCCCUUGGCGUUGCCUAUCGAUGACCGAUAUUACCUCUACGGCAUAGUCUCGUACGGACCAGGCUGUGCUCGGAAAGAUGCCCCUGGUUAUUACAACAAGGUCCACACUCACUUGAAAUGGAUCGCAAGUUUGAUAGAUUGAUCGAAUUUUGUUGACAUUGUUAGUUUUUUUUACUUAUUUUUUUUGGCAAAUGUUACUAUAAGAUUGAUCAUGAGCGACAAGCAGUACAUUUCGAAAAAUUCGUGAGGUACUUAAAAUUAUGGAGGGUUCAUUUCCGCUUUACCGCUUUUCUGGUCAAGAUUGUUUGUGAUCCAAGAAAAUUGACAAUCGACCGCAAAUAACACCGAAACCGACAAUUUACCGCAAUAAACAGAGGUUAUUUAUCAAUUUAUUUAUCCGGCAUUCAGGAAUCAUUAUGACGUCAUCAGGGCUACAGGCGUAUCGUAAUAGGAGAAAUUAAAUAAAAUACCGUAGAUACGAUCGUAAACUCAAACUUCAAGCAUAUUUACCAUUGGUUUUGUCUUAAUUUGUACGGUUAAGUGUUCCUAUUCGAAUAGUAUAUCUGAAAAGAAAUUGCUUGACAAUCGGUUUAAUCUUGAAACCGACUUGAUCCAACCUAGACUUCCAACCGUUAUUAUUAGAACUCGUGAAAUUACAAACAAGCUUUCACUCAUUCCCAAAAGUGAAUCAUUACUUGCUUGCUAAAUGUUUUCAAAAUGACGGAAUAUCCUUUAUACGUUUUAAAUAUGUGCGUAUUCAUAUCAAACGGAACCACGUAUACAUAAAUUAAAUCAAAAGGAACUAUGAAGGCAACACCAAUCAGAAGCACUUAAAAGAGGUUUUGCCAUUCAGUCGGAGAGGAGGUACAGAAAAUUGGUCGCGCUCUGCCGAUUAAAUCUAAUUAGUCGGUCUUGACGAUUUGCAUAUUUGCAUACCCAAUAGUCUCCCUGCAAUUUUUCUCAUUCAGCACGCUAAUGCAAUAAUAAUAAUUUCCCGGGUUGAAAUCCAAUCGUUCAUCUGUCACACCUCCUGUCGUCGCGUUCGUGAAAUCCGUGAUAUUAAUCUGUAAAGGUUUCAACUUACAUCUGAAGUGACUUGCAAGCCCUCCAUGAGAUGCAUUAAAAGUACUCCAUUGCUUGGGGUACCAACUCUAAGGUUGCCAAAAUUCCUCAACCUACCUACAAUUCAUGAAUCCAUUGCACCUGUGAAUGAAGACCUCAUCAGAUAACCUAACAAAGUGAGUAUGUGAAAAGAAUUGCUUUACAGCUGUAAGAGAAGUUCCCAAGUUUGUCUUCUUGGUAACAAAGCUUGUAUUUGGAUCACUAUUUCCGGUUAUAAUAUUCACCUUUCUUUUAAAUCAAAUUCUCAGAA